AACCACGUGAUCUAGAAAACCAGCAAUGACCUCUCCUGUUAGCUAGCUGUAGAAAACCCGGUGAACUUAUGCUGACAUUUCAACGCUGUGAGCAUCUAGCACAAUGGAUCAGACCAAACAAGACGAGGAAUAUGGAUACGAUCUCUUCCCGGAGAGAAACACGGGGAAGCACAAGAAGAGCCUAAUCAGAGAUAGUUUGUUCAUGUUCAACCACAAGUGUCAGGUCAUGUUAACGUUCGCCAUUGAAACCAGUCCAUAUGCUAAACUCCUCCUCGGUGCCAUGAAGAACUCGGGCUGUAAAGUGUUGAAAGACCGACAUUUCUCCUGUGAAGACUGCGAUGGGACGGUCAGCGGUGGCUUUGAUGCAGCUUCUUCACAGAUUGUUUUGUGUCAGAACAACAUUCACCAGCAGUCUCAUAUGAACAGAGUAGUCACCCACGAGCUAAUCCACGCAUUUGAUCACUGCCGGGCCCAUGUGGACUGGUUCAACAACUUCAAACAUCUAGCUUGUUCUGAGAUCCGAGCAGCUAACCUUAGUGGAGACUGCUCCUUUAGCAAUGAAGUUGCCAGAUUCAACUUUGGCUUAAAGGAGCAUCACCAGGAGUGUGUCAGGGGUCGUGCUGUACGCUCCAUCCUAGCUGUGCGAAAAAUCAGCCGAGAGGAGGCGCAGAAAAUUGUCAAUGAGGUCUUCGACUCGUGUUUCAAUGAUCACGCCCCUUUCGGACGGAUCCCACAUGGCAACAAGGACGCCAAGUUCGCCUACAGGGAAUACGCGAACAGGGAUCGAUAUUACGCUAACCUUUAGUGUUUGACGUAUCGGUACCCUGCAGGUGAUCUGGUGACAUAGCUGACCGACGGCUGGACUUGUUACUAGCCUCGGUCUGGAUAGUAAUAAAUGACUGAGUUCAAACAAUCGGUGUCCCUUUUAGAGGGUGUAUUCAGAAGCUCUUUUUAUACGUUGGUUGCAUAAACCAUCAGCAUAAAGGGACAUUCUAAAGAAGCUGCAGGUCUUUCUGUUUGGGAAUUCACACAGACCAGGCAGACAAGGCCCAGCUCUGCUUCGAACCACACAGCACACUGUUAUUGGCUGCUCCAAGCAGAGGUAAAAGUUCUGGUUAUUUUGAGUUUCUCCAUUGGUGGUUAAAAGGUGUAAGAAAGCAGCUUUGACUCCAUUUGCCAUCUCUAUUUUUACAAGGGACCCUGAAGCACAACAAAGGUGCAUGACAGCAACAAUACAUUUCAUUUUCUCCCUCUUGGACUCAAGGCUGCAAUGUUUUUUGCCUUUUUUGUAGUUUUGCAAGAUCAGUAAGUGGAAUGAAGUCAGAGAUUUCCUCUUCGUCUGUCAGGUUUUGCAGUAAAAGUUGUGUGGAUUUGCAGAUGAAACCAGAUGUUUACGUAUGCUGUAAAAAAGACUCAUUGCAUUCAUGUUUUUCACUGUCAGACAUUAAAUCAGACUAAACUUUUCCUGUUUUAGAUCAGUUAGAAUAAUGUAAGCAAAUUUAGUUUUUUACUUCAAAUUCAGAAUUUUAUACAUUUAAACCGUAUCACUUGGAUCCAACAUAUUGGGUAUCCUUCCAGAAGCUUCUCUCAAUAGUCUGCAAGAAGUUUGGCGUAAGUAAACAUUUGGUUUCAGCUGUACACCUUCCAGUGGUUCUGGUUGCCACAAUGACCUCAACACAAAUCUGUCAAAUAAAGCUGGCUGUGCUCACUAUAAA